AUGAAGGACCGCCGAGGGAGCUCCGGCGGCGACCGCUUCGCCGUCUUCCCCUUCUCCAUGGGCUGCAUGUCGCAGUCCGCCGUGUCCGUCGCCGACCCCAGAGAGAAGAAGCCGCAGGGCGACCCCUCCUCGUCGGCGUCCUCUUCUGCCGCCGACGUCACGACUGCCACCACGGCGGCUUAUCAGGCAGAAUAUGGUGCCGGCGAGGCCGUGAAGGAGAAGGCGGCCGUGGCGGCGGCGACGCCGGGGCUCGUGGCGGCCGGGGUGUCGAGGCUGAUGAAGGGGAUACGGAGCCUGUCGCAGAUGUUCGCGGCGUACGACGGCGAGGAGGACGAGGAGGAGGAGGAGCGGGAGAUGGUGAUCGGGUACCCCACGGACGUGCAGCACGUGGGGCACAUCGGCUGGGACGGCCACAACAACACGGUGGGCGCCGGCGCCGCCAUGGCGAGCAUGGUGAACGCCUUCUCGCUGCCCUCCUCCCUCUCCCUCCACCACCUCGACAUGGCCAUGGACCGCGCCGCCGCGCACGCCUCCGCCUGA